AUGAGCUUGUCCUCGGUAUUUUCUUGCCCCUACAGCCUGGCGCUCCCCGAGCAGCACGAUCGACAGAAGCAACAAGAACAACAGUUGGAGCAGCAAUACCAUAAUCAUCAACAACAACAGCAGCAGCAGCAGGAACCCGUGGCGUCGAGCACGCCUCUCCCGACGAAGGAGGUGCAGAACUCCCUGCAGCGACGCAAUGUGUACGUCUCCGGUCUACCCGAGACAUACCGUGCAGCGGACUUCCGCGAACUGUGCCAGGAGUUCGGCCGCGUGGAGGCGUCGAAGCUGUGCGUCGACAGCAAGUGCCGGCCGACCAAAGGUUACGGCUUCGCGCUCUUCUACGACGAGGCGGAUGCGGCGUGGUGUAUCAAGAACCUCAACGGCCGCUGGAUAGGCGGCCGCUCGCUGCAGGCACGCA